GCGUCCUGCAGCAGCUGGAGUAGGAGCCGUCUGUGAGCCAUUUCCAGGACAAGGGCCACUGUCCACCAUGGUGAAGCUGGGCUGCAGCUUCUCCGGGAAGCCAGGCAAAGACCCUGGGGACCAGGAUGGGGUUGCCACGGACAGUGUCCCUCUGAUCAGUCCCCUGGAUGUCAGCCAGCUGCAGCCACCAUUCCCUGACCAGGUGGUCAUCAAGACGCAGACGGAAUACCAGCUGUCCUCCCCAGACCAGCCGAAGAAGUUUCCAGACCUGGAGGGACAAAGGCUGAGCUGCGGCCACCCAGAGGAAGGGCGCAGGCUGCCCACUGCCAGGAUGAUCGCCUUCGCUAUGGCCCUCCUGGGCUGCGUGCUGAUCAUGUACAAGGCCAUCUGGUAUGACCAGUUCACCUGCCCAGAUGGCUUCCUGCUUCGGCACAAGAUUUGUACGCCGCUGACCCUGGAGAUGUACUACACUGAGAUGGACCCCGAGCGCCACCGCAGCAUCCUGGCAGCCAUUGGGGCCUAUCCGCUGAGCCGAAAGCACGGCACGGAGAUGCCCGCGGCCUGGGGAGACAGCUAUCGCGCCGCCAAGGAGGUGCACAAGGGGCCCACUCCGGCGGCGGCGGCGGCGGCGGCAGCUGCAGCGGCGGUGACCACCGAGACCCCCGGGCAGCCCUCGACCAAAGGAGAGAAGGAGGAGGCCCGCAAGGCAGCGAGUAGCGCACCUCCCCCGGCCCCUCAGUGAGGGCCCUCCAGCCAGCCUGGCCCGGCAUUCCCCAGCCAGCUCCUGUGACCAGAGCAUCGCCCCCGCUGCUCUCCCACCCAGUGUUUGUGCCCCUACCCCCAGGCACCCUGCUGAAGC